AUGCUUUACGAUCCAGGGGCAGCUUACAGCAUUAUUGGAGAAAAGCUGUGGAAAUCGGUGGGAUCACCAACACUUUACCCCUGUGAAAAUCUUACUGCCUACACGGGGGUACAAAUUGAAACACUAGGCGAAACAUCGAAGUGUUUCAUCCUUCUCAAGGCACAAUCAAAAAUCAAAUCAAACGAAGAACGCCUAGGAGAUUGCAACGGAUCUCAUCUAUUUCAUCUCAGGUCUCAGGAUUCACCAUUGACCUCAAAGAGCUUGCAAGAAGCAACGAAACAAGACGCAAUACUCGCUAAAGUAAUAAACUACCUUAGAAGUGGAUGGCCAGAACAUGUUACCAGCAACAAAGAAGUUUUACCUUAUUACAACAAGCGUGAAGAACUUUCUUUUGAAAACGGAAUAUUACUCUGGUUCGGUCGCAUAGUAAUACCUUCAAAACUGAGACCAAGAGUAAUGGAAGUACUCCAUGAGGGACAUCCAGGAAUAGUCGCCAUGAAAGGUAAAGCGAGAUUUCAAGUGUGGUGGCCCGGUCUAGAUAAAGAUCUGGAAGAACAUACAAAACAUUGUGUUGGUUGUCAAAAGAACAGGCCUAAAGACAUGGAGAUGCCUCUCUUCUCGUGGACCGUCCCAACAGAAGUCUGGUCAAGAAUCCACAUAGACUUUGCGGGACCAUUCUUAGGUAAAAUGUGGUUGAUUGUUGUAGACGCACGAUCAAAAUGGCUAGAAGUGAUACCCAUGUCAACAACAACUACAAAAGCCACUAUCAAUGCCUUAGAAGAAUUGUUCUCAAGAUUAGGCUAUCCCAAAACUAUCGUCAGUGACAACGGUCCUCAGUUGACAUCUCAUGAGUUCCAGUCGUUCUGCAAAAAACUAUAA